AUGGGCGACAUCACCCUUGGCGUUCUUUCCCUCACUGUGUUGGUGUUUCAAGGUUACAAAAACGUCACCACUUUUGUGUCAAACUACAAAUCCUACGAUGAGGACUCACGGCAGGCGAUGCGUAGGGUCCUUGUCCUCGAGUCGGUCCUGAAGCAGAACCUGGACCUGUUCCUCAGCAGCUUCGUCGAGCAGAGUGUGCGCCGUGCCCUGCUGGAUGACCUCAAGAGCCCGCACUGGAAGGAGGAGGAACUCAAUGCGCAGCUCGAGAACAAGCUGGGCGAGAACGUCGAGGCGAUCAAGUGCGCCAUCGAGAAUUGUUUGAUCACCCUGGGGAAGAUCCACGAUUCACAGCUGCUCUCGCAGAGAUAG